UGUACGAUGGACAGGUUCAAUCAGACCUCCCCUGUGGUGGGGUUCAUUCUCCUGGGACUCUCAGCCCAUCCAAGGCUGGAGAAAACAUUCUUUGUGCUCAUUCUACUGAUGUACCUGGUGAUCCUGCUGGGCAAUGGGGUCCUCAUCCUGGUGACCAUCCUUGACUCCCGCCUGCACACGCCCAUGUACUUCUUCCUGGGGAACCUCUCCUUCCUGGACAUCUGCUACACAACCUCCUCUGUCCCCCUCAUUCUCGACAGCUUCCUGACCCCCAGGAAAACCAUCUCUUUCUCAGCCUGUUUUGGGCAGAUGUUUCUCUCUUUUGCCAUGGGAGCUACAGAGUGUGUCCUUCUGGGCAUGAUGGCAUUUGAUCGCUAUGUGGCCAUCUGUAACCCCCUGAGAUACUCUAUGGUCAUGAACAAGGCUAUAUACAUACCCAUGGCUGCUGGCUCCUGGGCAGCUGGUAUCACCAACUCUGUAGUUCAGACAUCCCAGGCUAUGAGGCUGCCCUUCUGUGGGGACAAUGUCAUCAAUCACUUCACCUGUGAGAUCCUGGCUGUCCUGAAGUUGGCCUGUGCUGACAUUUCUAUGAAUGUGAUCAGCAUGGUUGUGGCUAAUGUGAUCUUCCUGGGGGUCCCAGUUCUGUUCAUUUUUGUCUCCUAUGUAUUCAUCAUUGCUACCAUCCUGAGGAUCCCCUCAGCUGAGGGGAAGAAAAAGGCCUUCUCCACCUGCUCUGCCCACCUCACAGUUGUGGUCAUCUUCUAUGGAACCAUCCUCUUCAUGUAUGGGAAGCCCAAAUCCAGGGACCCCCUGGGGGAAGAUAAGCAAGACCUUUCAGAUAAGCUCACCUCCCUUUUCUAUGGGGUGGUGACCCCCAUGCUCAACCCCAUCAUCUACAGCCUAAGGAACAAGGAUGUGAAGGCUGCUGUGAAGAACCUGGUACAUCAAUAA